GGGAGCGCUGGAGAGCUGGAUAUUAGUUUGGCUUCUAGUCUUUUAGGAGGAGCAGCUCGCUGCCCAUGUGAACUGUCUUCAAACUGUAGGAGAAGACGCACAGACAGACACUCCCCCCGUUUAAAGCCCGUUGCGGGGUCCGUAGGUGAGUUUGGAAGCGAGUCCUUUUUUUCCAAUUCAGGAAGAAGAAGACGGGGGAGAAGAGAAAGUCAUGGGCAGAGGAGUAGAAUUAAAAAGAAGCUAGCGCCCGCAGUAAAAAUAACCUUUGGAGGAGAAAAAGACAGAGAGCAGAAGAAGUGUCCGGAGAGGGAAGAGGAACAGGAUGGGGAUGGAUUUCAGCACUCUGCGUACUCUUAUCAGCCGAUAUUGUGUCGGGGAGGAGAACUGGGUCGAUAGCCGGACAAUUUACAUUGGACAUAAGGAGCCUCCUCCAGGAACUGAAGCUUUUAUACAGCAAAGAUUUCCUGACAACAGAAUAGUCUCUUCAAAGUACACGUUUUGGAACUUCAUCCCAAAGAAUAUGUUUGAGCAGUUCAGGAGAGUCGCCAACUUCUACUUUCUCAUCAUAUUUCUGGUUCAGUUGAUUAUUGACACUCCCACCAGUCCGGUCACCAGCGGACUGCCACUGUUCUUUGUCAUCACAGUCACCGCCAUUAAACAGGGUUAUGAGGACUGGUUGAGACACAAAGCAGACAACGCUGUCAACCAGUGUUCUGUCCACGUGGUGCAUCAUGGCAAAGUGGUCCGCAAACAAAGCCGCAAACUCAGGGUUGGAGAUGUGGUCUUGGUGAAAGAAGAUGAGACUUUUCCCUGUGAUCUCAUUCUCCUCUCCUCGUCUCGAGAUGACGGGACCUGCUUUGUUACUACAGCCAGCCUGGAUGGAGAGAGCAGUCACAAGACAUAUUAUGCAGUUCAGGAAACCAAAGCUUACAACACAGAGAAAGAGGUGGACACGAUCCAUGCCACAAUAGAAUGUGAACAACCGCAGCCAGACCUGUACAAAUUCGUGGGGCGUAUCAACAUCUACAUGACCAAUGAGCCAGUGGCAAGGCCGUUAGGAUCAGAGAACCUGUUGCUCCGAGGAGCCACACUCAAGAACACUGAAUAUAUCUAUGCUGUGGUCAUCUACACUGGCAUGGAAACCAAGAUGGCUCUCAAUUACCAGUCCAAGUCUCAGAAACGAUCUGCAGUGGAAAAGUCAAUGAAUGCCUACUUGGUGGUCUACCUGUGCAUUCUCAUCAGCAAAGCUCUCAUCAACACGGCACUGAAAUACGUGUGGCAGUCCGACCCCAACAAAGACGAGCCCUUUUACAACCAGAAGACGGAAGUUGAGAGACAGAGACACGUUCUAAUCAGGGCGUUCACAGACUUUUUGGCCUUCAUGGUUCUUUUCAACUACAUCAUUCCCGUGUCCAUGUAUGUCACUGUGGAGAUGCAGAAGUUCCUGGGCUCCUACUUUAUUAUGUGGGACGAUGAAAUGUUUGAUGAGGAGCUGGGGGAGAGAGCUGUGGUCAACACAUCAGACUUGAAUGAGGAACUGGGGCAGGUGGAGUACGUGUUUACAGACAAGACAGGGACACUAACAGAGAACAACAUGGAGUUUAUAGAGUGCUGUGUGGAUGGACACGUUUAUGUACCUCACGCUAUCUGUAAUGGACAGGUGAUGCCUGGAGCUGCCGGUAUGGACAUGAUCGACUCAUCCCCAGGUCCUGCAGCCAGGGAGCACGAGGAGCUGUUUUUCCGGGCGUUGUGUUUGUGCCACACGGUGCAGGUGAAAGAGGAGGAUACUGUAGAUGGGAUCAAACAUGGCAUUCACCAGGGCAAGUCCACUUCCUUCUACAUCUCCUCCUCUCCUGACGAGGUUGCACUGGUGGAGGGCAUGAAGAGGCUCGGUUUCACCUAUCUGAGGCUCAAGGACGGUCAGAUGGAAAUCUUAAAUAGGGAGGAUGAAGUUGAAAAGUUUGAACUGCUCGACGUUUUGACAUUUGACUCAGUCCGACGGAGGAUGAGCGUUAUCGUCAGGGCCAGCACUGGUGAGGUUUAUCUCUUCUGUAAAGGUGCAGACUCCUCUAUCUUCCCAAGGGUCAUCUCAGGCAAAGUGGAUCAGGUCCGAGCUCGAGUGGAGCAAAAUGCAGUGGAGGGUUUGAGGACACUUUGUGUUGCCUAUCGCUCUCUGAGCCCAGAACAGUACGAGGAGGUUUUCCAACUGCUGAACAGAGCUAAGUUAGCAUUACAAGACCGAGACAAACAGCUGGCAGAGGCUUACGACCUCAUCGAGAAGGACCUGAUACUGCUGGGAGCAACUGCUGUCGAGGACAGGCUGCAGGAAAAAGCAGCAGACACCAUUGAGUCUCUGCACAAAGCUGGUAUAAAGGUGUGGGUGCUGACAGGAGACAAGAUGGAGACUGCAGCUGCAACGUGCUAUGCCAGCAAGCUGUUUCAUCGCAACACCCAAAUCCUGGAGCUGACCACCAAACGCACUGAGGAGCAGAGCCUUCACGACGUCCUGUUUGAAUUGAGCAGGACGGUCCUUAGGCAGCAUGGGGGCAUGACCCGGGACACCUUCUCUGAGCUAUCAGGUGAUUGCACCGACUAUGGUCUGAUUAUUGACGGAGCUACCCUCUCUGCUGUAAUGAGGCCCGGCCAGGAGGGCUCAAACUCAGGGAAUUACAAAGAGAAAUUCUUGGAAAUCUGCCGGAACUGCAGUGCCGUGCUCUGCUGUCGAAUGGCGCCACUUCAGAAAGCACAGAUUGUCAAGUUAAUCAAAGCCUCGGAGGAGCACCCAAUCACGCUGGCCAUUGGAGACGGAGCUAAUGAUGUCAGCAUGAUCCUGGAGGCCCACGUUGGUAUUGGCAUUAUGGGUAAGGAGGGUCGCCAGGCAGUGAGGAACAGCGACUACGCCAUCCCGAAGUUCAAACACCUCAAGAAGAUGCUGCUCGUCCACGGACACUAUUACUACAUACGCAUCUCUGAACUUGUACAAUAUUUCUUCUACAAGAAUGUCUGUUUCAUUUUCCCCCAGUUCCUCUACCAGUUCUUUUGUGGCUUUUCACAACAGCCGCUGUAUGACACGGCUUACCUGACGCUCUACAACAUCAGCUUCACCUCGCUGCCCAUUCUGCUCUACAGUCUCAUCGAGCAGCACAUAAAUAUGGACAUCCUGAAGAAAGACCCUUGUCUCUACAGAGAUAUUGCUAAGAACUCUUUGCUGCGGUGGCCCACCUUCAUAUACUGGACAGUCUUGGGCGUUUAUGAUGCCAUUGUGAUGUUCUUUGGUGCUUACUUCCUGUUUGACAACACCACCUUCACCAGCAAUGGACAGCUAAUGACAACCAACACACAGAUGAUGUUUGGAAACUGGACAUUUGGGACACUCGUCUUCACUGUGCUAGUCUUCACUGUUACAUUCAAGCUGGCCCUAGAUACUCAUUACUGGACUUGGAUCAAUCAUUUCGUUAUCUGGGGCUCACUGAUCUUCUUUGUGGUAUUCUCCCUGCUGUGGGGCGGAAUCAUCUGGCCAUUCCUCAACUACCAGAGGAUGUACUAUGUGUUCAUGCAGAUGUUGUCCAGUGGCCCAGCCUGGCUCAGUAUAAUCCUUUUGAUAACAGCCAGUCUGUUGCCAGAUGUGGUGAAGAAGGUCAUAUGGAGGACACUGUGGCCCACCACUACUGAGCGCAUACAGAAUGCAGAUAAACUCUACAAGGGCCAGCUGUCUGAGUUCACCCCCUUGGCUUCCCUCCACGCUCCGUCUAAGGGUAGCAGCCACCGGCGAGGCUCGGAAAACCAAAGGAACCCUCGAAGGUCUGAACCCUUUACCAAGAAAGUCAUGUUCACACGCUGGCAAAAAGCGCCAGACUACUGCACCUUCACCCCCCUCCUCCGGUUUGCUGAUAGCUCCCGCCAUUCAAGGCAGGGGUACAAUUACAGUGGGGCCGGGCCUGAGACCUCAGUCUAAUUUAUUUCUUUUUCUCCGGGUUUUUUUUUUUAAAAAAAUCUUAUAUUCUAAUAUCAGAAACAAUGUCAUCCACAUGGAGUUGCUCAGAUAAAUUGGUGGAAAGCAAACUUGGAGCUUACUUACUUACUUCGACGUUACUGAGUUGGAGUAAAAUAAUAAACAGUUGAGGAGACUGUAAUGCUAAGUGACCUUCCUAAUUUCUGUCAAGUUAGCAGCCAAGUGUGGCGCAAAGCACUAUUGGACGGCUCUGGAGUGGACCCCGUCGGCAGGGCCUGGUUCGCUGCCACAAUGUGCAAAGGGCUCAGUGUAAUGAUGUCACAGCAAACAAACUGACUCGAGCUUGUGUUUCACAUGAAAAAUAUGUGCACUGGCCCUUUACGCCUGCCUGCCUUUGAUGGUAGCUGAAGUGUACUUUACUCUGAUUAUUAGGGUGUUUUAAUGGCUAUUGUGAUAAUCAUGCUGAUGUUCUAUGACUGGAAUGAUGAUAAUGAGGACGACUGUAGACGUGCUCGAGCUAGCUUAAGCUUUCUGUGAUCAAACAUUUUCUUGUCUUCAGUCGCUGCCAUCUGUCUUUAUUCCCUUUGUCUGUUUUGCCUCUUUUUAGGACUAACUGGUGUUGCCUGUGUGCAAACAUGUUAUCCAGAAACACUGCUUAGGACUCUGGGAUCAGAAACUGCAUCAUUGUAAGGAGGGUUGUAGUAGAAGGAAGAAUAAAUGUUGAAAAAUUAGUCUAUGGAGCCUGGAAGUAGCCGUAUAGGGGAAUUAAAUCAUUUUAUAUCGGGAUGAGAUACAAUUUUUGCUUAAUUUCUGAUUCAUUUGUGCAAAUGAUACAGCAAGCUGAUUGUCCUAACUUUGAUUAGAUGGCAAACGGUGGUCAAGUCAGUUAAUAAUGACAGAAAAGCGUAGCUCAUGGUGCUUUCUGUGUCACAAUAUGUCUGGUUUAAAAACGUGUGGGAGCUUUGAAAGCUCUUAAACUAGCUCGCCCUUAACGACAAAACACAGAAAAGCCUCUUGGCUGUCAUAAACAUGAAGCAAUAAUUUAGAGUAAAAUUAUCUUGAAAUAGAAAAAGAAAAACAAAGGUUCAUUUAUUUAAAUAAUUUGUCAUUAAGAAAUAUAUGCUGGUGACAAGUUAACAGUUUACUUAAAUAACAAAAAUACAUGGAAAAUUUACAUGUAAUCUGAUUACUUAAAGUCAGUAUUUUGAGCACGAUUAUGUUUUUUAA